AUGCAAGAAGACGAUAAAUCGGAAGCUUACAUUGUCACACAGAUAGUGCCCCUCAGCGAUAUCCCAGCGGGAUCUUCCAGUAGUUACGAUGGCGAUGCCCUACAAGCGAAGAUCUUACAUCAAGUUAAUCAUAGGAGGUUGAAUUCUAGGCAAAUCCAGCUUUCAGCGAUCGCCGGUUCGAUUGGUGCUGCUCUCUUCGUUGCAAUUGGGUCGGGGGUUCUCUCUGGACCUCUCGCUCUGUUGAUCGCGUUUAUCUUUUGGAGCUCUGUCGUGUACUCUAUCGGUCAAUGUCAGAUGGAGAUUGUCAGUCUGUUGCCCUUGGACGGAUCGUUCAUCCGUCUGGCUACGCGAAUGGUGGACCCUGCACUGGGUGUGGCCGUCGGUUGGAACCAUUUCUUUGCUCAAACAUCUUACAUCAUAUUCGAAGCUACGAUCCUCAACACUCUUGUCGAGUAUUGGGGAUACACUGCCAGUCCCGCCAUUUUAAUCACCGUGUCGCUUCUAUUCUAUCUGGCUAUCAAUGUAUACCGAGCCGAUCUUUUCGGUGAGGUCGAAUUUUGGCUUGCUCUCGGUAAAGUUUUAUUGGCUUCUGGCUUGACGCUAUUCACCUUCAUCGCUAUGUUAGGCGGAAACCCACUUCACGACCGUUUCGGUUUCCGAUAUUGGAAGGAUCCUGGUCCGUGGGCCGGUGCGACGGCCUCCGGUCGAUUGGAAUUCUUCAUCAAUGCUGUCAACAUCAUUCCACGAGCUUUCAAAACCUUGAUGACUCGUUUGGUCAUCUUUUUCAUUGGUGGUUGUUUGUGUGUCGGCAUUCUUGUACCUUACAACCAUGAUACUCUUACUACUGGUAGCGCCAAGACCUACGCUGGCAGAUCGCCCUACGUAAUUGCUAUGAGCCGACUUGAAAUUCCCGUCUUACCUUUGAUUGUGAAUGCGGCGCUCAUCACCGCAGUUAUUUCCGCGGGGAACGCGUACACCUUUAAUGCUUCUCGGUCUUUGCAUGCUCUCGCUCUCGAAAAGAAAGCCCCUAGCAUUUUCACCAGGGUCAACAGGAAGGGUGUACCAUACACAUCAGUCAUCCUCGUGAUGUUACUAUCCUGUCUGGCUUAUCUCGCUCUUGGCUCAAGUCCCGCAAAGGUACUUAACUGGAUUCUGAAUUUCUGUACAGCCGCAACGAUGUUCAACUGGUCUGUCAUGGCAUUUACCUGGGUACGAUUCAAUCGAGCGAUGAGGAAACAAGGCAUCGACAGAAAAGAAUACUUACCUGUCUCAUCGAAGCUUCAACCUUACGCUGGGUAUUGGGCUUUGUUCUGGGCACCCUUGUUCUUGUUCAUACAAGGUUACUCAGUGUUCUUAAAGGGUAAUUGGGAUGUCGCUACGUUUGUUUUCAAUUACGGUAUUAUCGCUUUGGCCGGUGGUAUAGGACUAGGAUUCAAGAUUUUUGCUCGCACUCCAUUCCACAGAUCUAAAGACGUCGAUCUCGUAUCGGAUUUGGAAUUCUUCGAUGCUCUCACAAAUUAUUACCAACAGGUCAAAGAUGAUAACCCACCAACCUCAGUCAAAGACAAGAUUUUGGCGAAGAUAUUCUGA